AUGUCUGGAGCCAACAGCUCCAGCCUGACCCCAGCUUUCUUCAUCCUGAAUGGUGUUCCCAGCCUGGAAGUCGCACACAUCUGGAUCUCCCUCCCAUUCUGCCUCAUGUACAUCAUUGCCAUCCUGGGGAACUGUGGCCUCAUCUACUUCAUCGGCCAUGAGGAGGCCCUGCACCGGCCCAUGUAUUACUUCCUGGCCCUGCUCUCCUUCACGGAUGUCACAUUGUGCACCACCACUGUACCCAACAUGCUGUGCAUCUUCUGGUUCAGCCUCAAGCAGAUUGACUUUAAUGCCUGCCUGGCCCAGAUGUUUUUUGUCCACAUGUUGACUGGGAUGGAGUCUGGGGUGCUCAUGCUCAUGGCCCUGGACCGCUACGUGGCCAUCUGCUAUCCCUUACGCUAUGCCAGCAUCCUCACCAAUCCUGUCAUCGCCAAGGCUGGUCUUGCCACUUUUGUGAGGAGCGUGGCACUCAUAAUCCCAUUCACUUUCCUCACCAAGCGCCUGCCGUAUUGCCGGGGCAACCUCAUCCCCCACACUUACUGCGACCACAUGUCUGUGGCCAAGGUCUCCUGUGGCUAUGUCAAGGUCAAUGCCAUCUACGGUCUGAUGGUAGCUCUCCUGAUCGGCGUCUUUGAUAUCUGCUGCAUCUCCGUGUCUUACACUAUGAUCCUGCGGGCUGUAGUGAGUCUGUCCUCAGCAGACGCUCGUCAUAAAGCCUUUAGCACCUGUACCUCUCAUAUUUGUGCUAUUAUAAUCACUUACGUGCCUGCUUUUUUUACUUUUUUCACUCACCGGUUCGGUGGACACAAUAUUCCCCACCACAUACAUAUCAUUGUGGCUAACCUUUAUCUACUAUUGCCUCCUACCAUGAAUCCAAUUAUUUAUGGAGUCAAAACCAAGCAGAUCAGAGAAAGUGUAUUUAAGUUUUUAAGUGGGUCCAAAGACUGGCACAGUCAGGAGGUCUGA